GAAGCAGAUGUCUCUGUUUCUGAUGUCGCUGUCUUUGUAAUUUCCGUUUAAUGUUUUUUAUUUUUAUUCCCUCUCAAAAGAAUUUUUGAUUUCUUGCAAACAAAGGAAUUGAAUUGAAUUUUGAAUUGAAUUUUGAAUUGGGAAAUGAUGUUGGCUCAGAGACGAGUUAUAAUGAGUUGGAGACGAGUUGCUAAAUCGUUGCAGUCACUCAUAGCUCACUCGCUGCUGUUCAGUUUUACUCUGUUGCUUUCUCUUAAGCUUCAGCAUCCUGGUUCUUACUCUUGGGGGAUUAUUUUUGCACCUCUGUGGCUCUUUCAUGUGGUGGUUUCACGUGGCCGAUUUUCCUUUCCUGCUCCAUCUAUGCCCAAUGAUCGACAUUGGGCACCUUCUCAUGCUGUCUUGGCAACUCCAUUGCUUAUAGCUUUUGAAGUACUCCUUUGCAUACGAUUACAGAGUAGUUAUGUUGUAAACUUGAAGAUUGUUUUUCUGCCGCUGCUGGCAUUUGAAAUAGCAAUCUUAAUUGAUAAUAUAAGGAUGUGUAGAGCUUUAAUGCCUGGAGAUGAAGAAAGCAUGAGCGAUGAAGCAAUAUGGGAGACUCUUCCUCACUUUUGGGUUGCAAUAUCUAUGAUCUUUUUCAUUGCUGCAACAGUUUUCACUCUUCUCAAGCUAUGUGGUGAUGUGGCAGCUCUUGGUUGGUGGGACUUGUUCAUAAAUUAUGGAAUUGCGGAGUGCUUUGCCUUUCUUGUGUGCACAAAGUGGCAUAAUCCAGCAAUUCACAGGCAUUCACAUAUUGGACAAUCUAGUUCUUCAAUGACUAUCAGCUAUAUUGACUGGAAUACGGGCUUGAUAAUUUCUUCUGAUGAUGACCGGCAUCAAAGUGGCAGAUUAUGUAAUCUGCAGGACAUUGGUGGACAUUUUAUGAAAAUUCCUCUAAUUGUUUUCCAGAUCAUUCUUUUCAUGCGCUUGGAGGGUACACCUCCCGGUGCUAAAAAUAUCCCUUUUCCAAUUCUUUUUCUUCCGCUUCUUUUGGUACAAGGAGCCGGGGUUUUGUUUGCUGCAUAUAGACUUGUGGAGAAAGUUGUUAUUUUACUACAUGGUAGAGCUGGUUCUGACACGUACCUUAUGGUUGUAUCAAAAGCUCGUGAAUUUCUCGGGUUUUUGCACCAUGGAUCAAGGUUACUUGGUUGGUGGUCAAUUGAUGAAGGGAGUAGAGAGGAGCAGGCCAGACUUUAUUGUGCUGGAGGUUCAGGCUAUAAUACAUUCUCACCGGACACAGUGAAGAAGAUGCCCAAAUCGGAUCUCGUCGAGGAGAUAUGGAGAUUGCAAGCUGCCUUGGGCGAGCAAACCGAAAUCACUAAGUUUAGCCAGCAGGAGUUUGAAAGACUUCAAAACGAAAAAAUCUUAUGCAGAAUUUGCUUCGAGGAGCAAAUCAACAUAGUCCUCCUCCCAUGCAGACAUCACGUCCUUUGCAGCACUUGCUGUGAGAAGUGUAAAAAAUGCCCAAUAUGCCGGGUGACGAUCGAAGAGAGAUUAUCUGUAUAUGAUGUAUAAUUUUCCAGAAUACGAACAAGAUGGCUAGAAAGCUUCCUUGCUGCUCAUGAUUUUUAGAUGUAGCAAGCAAAGAGAAGAUGGCAAUUCUUGGGUUGCAAGGCCAAAGGGCUGUUGGUACAUUGCAAUUGUUUUUCCAGUUCUUAUGCGAAUUAUCAGAUUGUAAAUUGUUAAUUGUUUCCCAACUGGAAAAUCAUGUGUGGUUUCAUACUAUAUAUUUUGUAAAACUAUAGUAUAUGUAUAGGUUUCAAGUUUCAACAACUUCUAUGUACCUUCUUAUUUUUUUCUUAAUAAAAGUAGUCGAUUGAAAUAUCAA